UUUGUUCAGGAGGCAGCUCCACCGCCGCACACCAUGGGGUUGUUCUGCUGCGAGUCUCCGUUGACACUUUCAUGAAACUUCAGGAAACUCUUGUUCCCUGUUAUUUUUCUCCCUCCCAGUUAGCCCGAGCAGAUAUUGUAUUGAUACCAGCAGGUCCUGAGAGGCGGCGUCCCGCUGUUGGCUGUUAACGGUUAGCUUGAAGUAAUUUCCAGUUCAGACGAGUUCACAAGUGGAGGAAACGCGGCAGGAUGUACCAUGAAGAAACCGCAACGUUACAGAAGCCACGCUAUGGAACCAUUCAAGAUGAUGAGAGGCUGUCAGCGGAGGAGAUGGAUGAGAGGAGGCGACAGAACAUCGCCUACGAGUACCUGUGUCAUCUGGAGGAGGCCAAACGGUGGAUGGAGGCCUGCUUAGAGGAGGAUUUGCCCCUUACCACAGAACUGGAGGAGGGACUCAGAAAUGGUGUCUACCUUGGCAAACUUGCCAAUUUUUUUGCCCCCAAAAUGGUGUCUGAAAAAAGGAUCUAUGACAGAGAUCAGACACGUUAUAAGAGUAAAGGGCUGCACUUCAGACACACUGACAACACGGUCCAGUGGCUCAGAGCCAUGGAGUCAGUGGGCCUCCCCAAGAUAUUCUAUCCUGAAACGACAGAUGUGUACGAUCGCAAAAACAUGCCCAAGGUGGUGUACUGCAUACACGCACUGAGCUUGUACCUGUACAAACUGGGAAUUGCACCACAGAUCCAAGACCUGCUGGGCAAAGUGGCCUUCACAGAGGAAGAGAUCAGUAACAUGAGGAGUGAACUGGAGAAGUACGGCAUUCAGAUGCCAGCUUUCAGUAAAAUUGGAGGUAUUUUGGCCAAUGAGCUGUCAGUGGAUGAAGCUGCCUUGCAUGCUGCUGUGAUUGCCAUCAAUGAGGCAAUUGACAGAGGUCAGGCAUCUGUCACAAUGGGAGCCCUGAACAAUCCUAAUGCAAUGCUGAGGAACAUCCAGGAAGCUCUGGCCGAAGACUACCAGGACACACUGAGCCAGGCCAAGGCUCGCAAGCAGGAUCAGUCCUCGGGGAGGCGGUCUUCAGUUGCUACCGAAGAAAGAGAUGUUUAUGAAGAGCUGCUGACUCAGCAGGAAAUCCAGAGCUGCAUUGACUUUGUCAACAUCCAGGCAGCAAUAAGGCAGGUGAAUCAAGCUGUAUCGAGUAAGAAUGAAGCUGCUCUGUUGGCUGCACUCAGGCUCGAUGCGCUGGCCUUGCUGGGUGUUCAGGAGUCAAACGGCCACUGGUACCUGGAACAUUUUAACACCUACUGCCAACAUAAAUCAAAGGAUGGUGGGAGGGCAGUAGUGCUGGACAAAGAAGAGAUUCAGCGAGUUGUCAGCUCUUGCAAUGACUUUGCUGAGGCAGAGAAACGAAAACUUGAAGCAGUUGCAAAGAUCAAUACAGCCAUUCGUCUCGGCAACUCUAUGGACACGGUGGAGGAGCUGACGAACCCUGAGGCACAAUUGCCAAUCGUCUACCAAACUGCUGCCAACCUCUACCAGGCUGAGCUUUUUAGUUUGCAGCUGCAAGGGGCGCGGUCUGGCCUGAGCCAUGAAGAAUUGAGUGUAGCUGUGGAGAUGCUGUCAGCUGUCGCAGUGCUGAACGAGGUGCUGGACACCAAAGACCCCCAAGCUGUGAUUGAGCAACUAACAGACUCUCCUCUGGGCUUUACCAACAUGGACCAAGACAACCUUAACAGGUAUGCUGACAUGCUUAUCAAACAGAGAGCUGAGGCUCUUGCCAGUGGCCAAGAGUUUCUCACCUGGAAUGAUGUUCAGAAGUGCAUCGACACAGUUAAUAUUCAGGUCCAGGAAGAGCAUGAACGCAUCAUAGCAAUAGCUGAGAUCAACGAAGCACUUAACUCAGGUGAUCAUCAGCAGACUCUUGCAGCCCUGCUCCUCCCUACGGCCAAGUUGACGGGCGUGAACUCAGCCACAGCCAAACACUACCAUGAUGUCUUACAAUAUACCAAACAACUUCUCUGCCAGAGUUCUGGUGAUGAAUCUGCUGUCCUGUGGCUGGACCAAAUCCAAGAGGCCAUACUAACAGCCAACCAGGAUGGAGAGGAGGCUCUCGCAUUGGCUGGAGCAAUAGCUGAUAUUAACAGGAUAGUGGCUGAGGGGGACUCCCAGAAUACAUUGCAGGCUUUGCAGGCUCCCAGUGCAGGAUUGAGAGCAGUGCUCCCUGAAUGUGCUGACACAUACCAGUCUGAACUGGAGCAGGGACAAAUGAUCAGCGCUGCGAAAGGCAGCAAUGAUAGUUUGUGGGUAAAACACUGCAUCAAGGACAGAUAUGACUACUACUAUAACCUGGAGACUGGACAAGGCACCUGGGAGGAGCCUGCAGAGUUUGAACACAACAGUGGCCAGCUCAGUAAAGAGGAAAUCCAGAAUGUUGUCAGCUGUGCGACUGCAGAAUACAACAGGGAACAGUUAUGGCUGGACAAUGAAUCCUUCGUCAUCCAGUUGCAAGCGAGGAUCAGAGGUUACCUGGUCAGGAAAAAGCAUGCAGAGAGAAUGGAGUACCUACAUCAACAAGAACCACAUGUCAUCAAAUUGCAGGCUUGCUGGAAAGGUUACAAACAGAGGAAAGAGUACAAAGACAGGAUGCAUUUGCUGCAGAAAAAUGUUGCUUCUGUCGUCAAGAUCCAGUCUCUGGUGAAAAUGUGGAGAGCAAAACAUAGAUACGGUCAGAGGCUUCAGUUCUUCAAAGAUCAUGAAAAAGAAAUUGUGAAAAUCCAGGCUUUUCUAAAGGCCAACAAAGCCAGAGAUGACUACAGAACCCUAACUGGAGCCAAGGAUCCUCCACUGUCAGUGGUGCGAAAGUUUGUCCACUUGUUGGAGCAGAGCACCCUGGAUCUGCAGGAAGAGCAGGAGGUGACACGGCUUAGGGAAGAAGUAGUCACCAAGAUUCGCUCCAAUCAGCAGAUGGAGAAAGACUUAAAUCUUAUGGACAUAAAGAUUGGACUGCUGGUGAAGAACAGGAUCACCCUACAGGAUGUUGUGUCACACAAUAAGAAAAUGAAGACAAAGAAAAAUAAGGCGAGUAAGGACGACUUGUCAGCAGGAGACAAACUGGGUAUUAAGGGCCUGAGUAAAGGCAAAAGACGGAAACUGGAGGCCUACCAGCAUCUCUUUUAUCUGCUACAGACCAAUCCAGCCUACCUGGCGAAGCUGAUCUUCCAGAUGCCCCAAAACAAGUCCACCAAGUUUAUGGACACUGUGAUCUUCACUUUGUACAACUAUGCCUCUAAUCAAAGAGAGGAAUACCUGCUGCUCAAGCUCUUCAAGUCUGCUUUAGAAGAAGAAAUCAAUUCUAAGGUAGACCAGAUCCAGGACAUAGUGACAGGAAACCCAACAGUCAUCAAGAUGGUGGUGAGCUUCAACAGAGGUGCACGUGGUCACAACACGCUCAGGCAGCUGUUGGCUCCAGUGGUCAAAGACAUCAUUGAAGACAAGAAUUUAGGCAUCAACACUAACCCUGUGGAUGUGUACAAAGCCUGGGUCAACCAGCUGGAGACAGCUACAGGAGAAGCCAGCAAGCUGCCUUAUGAAGUGACUCCCGAGCAGGCCAUGUCACAUGAGGAAGUACGCAACAGGCUGGAGGCAUCGAGUCUGGUGUUGCGGUCUGCUACAGAUAAGGUCUUAAACUCCAUUGUGUCCUCACUGGAUAAUAUCCCUUAUGGCAUGAGAUACAUAGCAAAAGUUCUGAAGAACACCCUCCAUGAAAAGUUUCCAGAUGCCUCAGAAGAUGAGCUGAUGAAGAUUGUAGGAAACUUGCUUUACUACCGCUACAUGAACCCAGCCAUCGUGGCCCCUGAUGGUUUUGACAUCAUCGACAUGUCAGCAGGAGGACAGCUUCACCUCGACCAACGUCGUAACCUGGGAUCCGUGGCAAAGAUGCUCCAGCAUGCUGCUGCCAAUAAGCUGUUUGAGGGCGAGAAUGCACAUAUGACACCAAUGAACAACUACAUAUCUCAGACAUAUGAGAAGUUUAGGUUAUUUUUCCAAUCAGCGUGUGAUGUCCCCGAACCUGAGGAGAAAUUUAAUAUUGAUGAAUACUCGGACAUGGUGACCUUGAGCAAACCCGUCAUCUACAUCUCAAUAGAGGAGAUCAUCAACACACACUCGCUGCUUUUGGAACAUCUGGAGGCCAUCUCUCCAGACCACAACGACCUGCUGCAUGAGCUGCUGCAGGACCUGGGAGACGUUCCUGAUAUAGAAACACUGCUUGGUGAAGGAGCUGUGGACCCAAAUGACCCAAACAGAGAAAGUGCUCUGAGCCAGCAGGCGAAGACUGAGAUCUCCCUCACCCUGACCAGCAAGUUUGAGCUGCUGGAAGGAGACGACAAAGACUUAAAGACACUCAUCACAAAGACUAAAAAGCUCAUCGUAGAUGUGAUUCGGAUUCAAGCUGGUGAGACGCUGCCUGAAAUUCUUGAGACUCCGGCUACGGCACCACAGGAGUCAGAGCAUAUUAAGAUCAUAGAGCGCAGAGCAGUCCAGGAUGCUCAGACACCAGAGGGUCUGAAGAGCAGCCCAGCAGUACUGGAGGACAGCCAGCUGCCUCUUGAGCAGAAGAAGAGGAAGAUCCUGAGGAACCUCCGUAACCUGGAGCAGGCUGGCCUCGUCACUGCACACAACAAAUACCAAGACCUCAUCAACGACAUAGCAAAGGACAUUCGCUACCAAAGGCGCUACAGACAGAGGAGGAAGGCCGAGCUGGUGAAGCUCCAGCAGACUUUGACAGCACUCAACUCAAAAACUGUGUUCUACCAGGACCAGAUGAACUACUAUGACACAUACAUCAAGACUUGCCUGGAUAAUCUCAACAGGAAAAAUUCACGCAGAUCUAUAAAACUGGACAGCAAAGGAGAUGAUAAGGGCAGUAAGAAGUGGAAGCCUCAGUCUCUGAAGUACACAGCGGCGAGGCUGCAUGAGAAAGGAGUCAUCCUGGAGAUAGAAGGUCUUCAGACAAACCAGUUCAAAAAUGUCAUGUUUGACAUCUCGCCCACUGAGGAAGUUGGAGAUUUUGAGGUGAAGGCCAAGUUUAUGGGGGUUGAGAUGGAAAAGGUCCAGCUUCAUUUCCAGGACCUCCUCCAGCUACAGUAUGAGGGUGUGGCCGUCAUGAAAAUGUUCGACAAAGCCAAAGUGAACGUCAAUUUACUCAUCUUCCUCCUGAACAAGAAAUUCUACGGAAAAUGAGUAAAUAUAGAAUAUCAUGGAAAAAAGCAACACGAGUGGAGGAGGAAACAGGUUGUGCCUUCUGACAGUACUGAGUUCGCUGAACAAAACCAAAUUGAUAAGAAAACAUCACACGGUGCAAGACAGCGUUUUGUUUCACCUGCUGAGAAUUUGAUGGAUCACACCAAAAAAAUUUGUCUGUAUUUUUCCCACAUGGUGAUUGUAAAUGUAAUGUAUUUUUAAGAAUUAAAUUGUAAUGGUAUUCAUGUUUUGUAUGUAAACGAUACAAGGAAAUACAUUGUUAUUGUGACCGUGUAUGUCGAAAACCUGCCUCCGUGGCUUCAUGAAAUACUAUAGUUUACCAGUGCCUUUUAAUUAAAGCGUUUAAAGAAACAUGUUUUAAGGAAUUAAACAUUCAAACAUUUUAAAAACUACAACUGACAUUUUUAAUUAACUAUAUAACUGACUUCUAAAUAUGUGCAUAAUAAACUACACAUGACCUAAA